AUGGUUAUUGAUGGAAGUUUCCUUAAAGCAGCAUAUAAGGGUACCAUAUUGACUGCUUGCACACAGGAUGGAGCUGUUGGAAAAAUCCUUCCACUUGCAUAUGCAAUUGUAGAUUCGGAGAAUAACAAAUCUUGGGAGUGGUUCUUUGUCCAGAUAAAGGGUACUUUUGGAGUUAGGGAAGGGAUGUGUAUAGUUUCAGAUAGAAAUGAAAGCAUCUUCAAUUGCACAAAAGCUGUGUACCCAGAAGUACCACAUUGUAUUUGCAUGUUUCACUUGUGGCAGAAUGUAAAGCACACAUUCAAGAAACAUCACAAACAAUUGAAGGAUAUCUUUUUUGCUUUGGCUAGAGCUUACACUAUAGAAAUGUUUGAGUACCAUAUGACAGAGAUGUGCAAAAUUGAUCCGAGGGUGCAGCCUUACUUGUUCGAAAUUGGCUACAAAAGGUGGUCUAGGGCAUAUUCCAAAGUGAAAAGGUCGAUGGUAAUGACUUCCAAUAUUGCAAAGUCAAUUAAUGCAGCAAACAAGGAUGCUAGAGAGUUACCAGUAAUGCGAUUGCUGGAGUACAUGAUAAAUUUGCCACAACAGUGGAACAACAAAAACAGAAAAAGUGCAAUGGAGACAUCUACAGAGCUUGGCGAAAAGUACAACAAACUCCUUCGGGAAAAUCUGAUUGCAUCGGAGCAAAUGACGGUGAGGCCUUCUACGGAAGUUAUAUACUGUGUUUGA